AGUGCUGAAGGCAAUCUCACCCCUGAGGAGUUGCAACUGUACUAAUUACCAAAGAGUAGGAACGGCCCUGCCCUUAAUAGGGCACAACUGUGUCCAGUAAGGAUGGGUGUUAUAAAAGAGUGGGUUAGCUGGGUGAGAGCUGGAGUUUGUUGGCUGUGCUGAGAGGAGGAAGGGUCAGGUGGUCGUGCAGAAGAAGUGUGGGGCAGCAGGGGCAGGGCACCAUGCAGGGGGAUGGAACCACAGUAUUGCAUGGCAAGGGAUCCUUGCUGGCAGCCAGAAAGAGGAGAGUGAUCAAUGCCUGAUUUGGAAAGGUGAGGUUCACCCCACCCCUUUACCAGCUAACAAAGGGCUGGGUGAUGGGUUCGUGCCAGGGGUUGGGUUCAAGACCCAUCAAGCCCAUCCUAUGUCAUGGUCCCCAAGAUGUUGUCAGUGUGGGUUGCAGAUGCUCCUUCUGGCCUGCAGGAGAGAAAUUGUCAUUUUGGUAUGAGAGCAUUUUGAGGAGCAGCUCUCCAUUGUGCAGUCUUAUGAGGGAGCUUGUGUCUGUGCUGUGAUGUCUGGAGGCAGUGCUGAUGCUGGGGUCAGUGCUCGAGCUGCAGCGGUGGUCGGGUCUGUGUGCCUCAGCGGCCCUCGGGGGGUGCUGGCUGCCGGAGGCAGGGCUGCACGCCCUCCCCGACCCGAGCACAGGGUGAGCAUCCACCACUCUGUGGAGACCCCGGAGCGCGGGCCUCGGCCGGAGCACAGCUGUGCUGCAGUGGUGCAGGAGCCCUUCUCCGGAGCGAUGAAAUCAGCGGGUGUGGCCAGGAUUCCUCAGCUCCCGCCGGAGCUGUCUGGUGGCUGAUUUAUGGUGGUGUUAUUGCCAGGAUCAUGGCGUUGUCCCAGCAACCGCAACGCAGCCCCCACCGUCCCUCGCCUGGGUGGGAUGGGGCUGCCUGGGUCUCCCCGACUCAGUUGUCAGCCCCAGACCGGGAGGCAGAGGCCAGGAACAGCUCCUCACUCGCCUCUGCUUUUGUGCAGGAGACAGGCUCCCCCUUGCCAGCGGCCGGCGGAAGGGCCGGUUGUUUACUAGGGCAGAGGGUGUGGGAAGGGGUGAGCACCCGAAGCGCAUUAGCAGAUGGGGAGCAAGCAGGCAGCCAAGUUGGCUGGAGGCUGCGAUGCUCCGCCGUGUGCACCCCUUAGCUCGGCCGCUCGGGCUUCCUUGUGACUCAUCCAGCCAGCCACAAGUGGGGGUGAGAGGCCGUGCGAGGGGGUGCCAUGCGCCUGGCUCUGCCAUGCUUCAUCCCAGCAUGGCUGAUACUGCAUGGCAUGGCCUGCCAGUCCGUGCUCCUUCAUGAGCACGGGCUGCAUGCCCCUGCCCGUGUCCUGCCCGGUGGCACACAGUGCAGCUCUGGGGUCUGCUGGUACCUCAUGUGGGGUGAGUCAGGAUGCGCUGUGCCCAGCUUGGGUCUGGGUGGGCAACAGCAGGUCAGACAGGAGUGGACCCCCAGAGCCCCCCUGCCCACGUGGGCUUGGGGCAGGCAGGCACUGCAGCCUGUGGGCAGUGGGAUGCAGGGGCUCCCCGGAGCACCCUGGGGCAGCAUGUCUGUGUGCAGCCGGCUCUGCAUCCGUGAGGCUGGGCGUCCUCCCAGGUGAGGCUUUUGGCCGUGCCAGGUGAAGAAAGGGGCUUUUGUCUUCCAGGAGGCCGGGGCUGAGUAGGCAGCCCUGCGUGGGGUGCUCGAGGACCGUGGGCUGUUCGGUGGUAACCGAGCCCGACCCCUUGGCAUUUGCUGCCUCCACCGCUUCCCACGGAGGGAACAAGCGGCGCGUUCUGCAGGCGGCGGCGGGAGAAGAAAGGCCGCCUUGUCCGGCCGAGCAGUGGGGCGCCGGCUGGGGCGGCCGCGCUCCCGCCCCGCAUUCCUGCAGCAGAGCCGGCUGGAGAGGGGCUGCAUCCCCGGCAGGACGGGCUGGGGUGACGCAGGCGUUCCCUGUGUGCUGCCGGGACAGCAGCCUGGCCCCUCCUGGCUUUUCCUCCUUCCUGAGCAUUGUGACGGGACGUAGGUGUAAGUGCGGGGCAGGGGCUCGGCUGGGCCGCGGGGUCUCCAGAUGCUGGGCAGUGCGGCACCCCAGUGCCUGGGGAACAUGGGCACCCUGCCGCGGAGGGUCCCGCUCGGCACCCGGACCAGGUGGCAGCCCGUGUCCGGUACCAUCCGACGUCUCCAAGCAGGCACCAUGGAGGCAUCUGGCAGGACCCCUACCAGCCCAACCCACAGAGUCCAGACUGUCAUGCAGAACAGCCCCCUGGACCUGAUCGACACAGGCAAGGGGUUGAAAGUGCAGACCGAGAAGCCACAUUUGGUGAGCCUGGGCAGCGGGCGGCUCAGCACUGCCAUCACACUCCUGCCCCUGGAGGAAGGGAGGACCACCAUUGGCACGGCUGCGACAGACAUCGUCCUGCAGGGCCCCGGGCUGGCGCCCCAGCACUGCUACAUCGAGAACGUGCGAGGGACACUCACUCUGCACCCCUGUGGCAACGCCUGUGCCAUCGACGGCGUGCCGCUCCAGCGGCCCACGCACCUCAGCCAAGGGUGCACCAUCUGCCUGGGCCAGGCCACCUUCCUCCGCUUCAACCACCCUGCUGAGGCCAAGUGGAUUAAGAGCAUGAUCCCAGCGGGGGGCAGAAGCCCAUCGGCUCUCUACGGGCUGCCAGCAAAAUCUGAGGCCCUGGUGAAUGGUGGCCACCAGCUGUCAGAGCGUGGGUGUCACAGCCACAGCUCCCUUGUCAGCUCCAUCGAGAAGGACCUGCAGGACAUCAUGGACUCGCUGGUGCUGGAGGAGUCUGCAGCCCCUGGCAUCCAGAAGCCGCCUGCCUGCGGCCGAUCCCCCCUCUCCCCCGUGGUGAAUGGGGGUGGGCGCUGCCUCCUGUCCCCCCCGCCCAGCCCUGGGGCCGCUUCGGGGGGCUCCAGCUAUGAGAAUUUUUCUCCCCUGUCCUCCCCAGCCAGCAGCAGUAGCUACACCAGCCCCUCACUCAGCAGCCAAGAGCAAGGCCCAGCCGUGCCGCCCCCUCUCCCGCUCCGCUCCUCCAGCUACAACCACACUGUCCAGCCGCCGGCCCUGCCUGCUGGGCCUUCUAGUGAGCCUUGGCCGGCUGAGAGGCUUGGGGACCAGCGGGUGGGCAGCCCCCGGCUGACGCCCAGGGCGGCGCCGCGGCCACGCGUGGCCCUGCAGGAGCGGCCCCCCAGUCCCUUCCGGGAGCCGCGGGACUCUGUGGCCCCCAGCCGGCAGCCCACCGGCAGGGUGGUCCCAGAGGCCCGGCUGCAGCCCCCCGAGAGCCCACGGGUGGCCCGGAGGAACAUGGAGAGCAUGCGGGAGCUGCCUCCCCUGAGUCCCUCCUUGUCACGCCGGGCUGCCAGCCCCCGGCUGGCCCCUGACACCCCCUCCCCACAGCCCCGGCUGGGCAGGGAAGUGCCUGGCAGUCCCCGUGCCAGGCGCAAGGGCCUGGAGGAGUCGAAAGGUGCUGGGGGUCCUUCACCCCCGCUGCUGUCAGAGAACCCCACGCGCCGGCCCAGUUUCGGUACCUGCCUGAGCCCAACGUACGGGCUGGGCUCCCCAGCUGUGCCCUCGCCCCGGCAGAGCCCCCGCGCCCCCAGGAAGCCUUUGGGGGACCCACGGCUGCCAGCGGGGUCACGGGAGCGCAAGAACAGCAUCACUGAGAUCAGCGACAACGAGGACGAGCUGCUGGAGUACCAUCGGCGGCAGCGGCAGGAGCGGGUCCGGGAGCAGGAGAUGGAGCGCCUGGAGCGGCAGCGCCUGGAGACCAUCCUGAACCUCUGUGCUGAGUACACCAAGACAGACGGCGCUGAGCCUGCUGAUGUGCACAGGCUCCUGGCUGGUGACACAGAUGCUGGCCAGUGGGUGCCCAGGGGUGCCACGGCUCUGGGCCAUGCUGCUGAAGAGCUGCAGCAGAGGGAGAGCUUGGAGAGGUCGGAUGAGGAGAACCUGAAGGAGGAGUGCAGCAGCACUGAGAGUACCCACCAUGAGCACGAGAAGCUGACAGGCCCCCGGGCCAAGGAGGCACAGCGGCUGGAGGAGGAGCGUGCCGGUGUCCUGGGACGCCUGGACCAGCUGAAGGGUCGUGUCAAGGAGCUGGAGCAGCAGCUGCAGGAGACAUCGCGAGAGGCAGAGAUGGAGCGGGCGCUGCUGCAGGGUGAGCGGGAGUCGGAGGUGCUGCGGCUGCGGCAGGAGCAGGAGGCAGCGCAGCAGCUGCAGGAGAAGCUCUCCAGCCUGGACGCCAGCAUCCGCAAGGAGCGGGACAAGGAAAGGGCAAAGGUUGAUGCUGAAAGGAAGGAGCUAGAGCAACUCCAGGCGCUUUACCAUGAGUCGAAGAGCCACCUUGAUAAGUGCCCCGAGUCAAUGCGGGAGCAAUUGCAGGAGCAGAUGCGAAGGGAGGCAGAGGCACUGGAGACGGAGGCCAAGCUGUUUGAGGACCUGGAGUUCCAGCAGCUGGAGCGAGAGAGCCACCUGGAAGAGGAGCGUGAGGCGCGAGGCCAGCAGCUCCUGCAGAGCCGGGCUGAGUGCCACCGGAGCAUCGCCCGCAGGAAGGAGCGGGUGGCUGCCCUGGACGCCCAGGCUGCCCAGAUCCGGCUGCAGAGUGCCCAGGAGGCCGAGCGCCUGGCCAGGGAGCGCAGCAGCGUCCUGCAGCUCCUGCAGAAGGAGAAGGAGAAGCUCGUGUCUCUGGAGAGGCGAUACCAGCUUGUCACAGGUGGCAGGAGCUUCCCAAAAAUGUCCUCAGCUCUCCGGGAGGAGACCCUCCACAUCUCUGAACCUUAUGAGCUGUUGGAGGGAACUAAGCCCCUGAGCCCCCUGCCAGCAGCAGCUGCCUCCUUAGCUUCUCCUGCCACCUACUCCUACCCCAAGGCACAAGAGGAGUACAUGAGGCUGUCUGACGUUUUCAGGUUCUGCAGCAAUGCACAUGGCCCCAGCCUGGACACUAAAGCUUCUGCUGCUGCCCCUGCUGCCGCUCAGCGCUCUUUCUUGCUUGCUGUAGCUCCCACAGCCAACGAGUAUGUGACCGUGGAGCAGCUCUCGGGUAUCCUGGGCAGCCUCCACACCCCUGCUGCUUCCCUGCUGGGCUGUACCCCUCCGGCUCCUUCAUCCUCAGGCUGUGCUCCUCCUCUUCCUCCUCUUCCAUCUCUCCCUUCUCCCUUCAUCUCUGCAGAGAUGGAGCAGCAGCUGUUGGGAGGACCUGUGUGUCCCCCAGCUCUUGAUUUAGAGAAGUGGUACCAGGAGGUUAUGGCUGGCUUUGAGACCUCCUCUUCCUCUGUCUCUCCUCCUUCUUCCCCUCCUCCACUUCCAGCUAAAGCUCACUCCUCUCACCAGGCUCUGCAGGUCUAUCGUGCCAAAGCAGAGGGUGGUGCUGGUGCCCUCACCCCUCGGAUGAAGAGUGGGACCCCUUCGUCCUCGCAGCUCAACCUCUCCGUGCUGGAGCGCAGUCCCUCCCCCAAGCUGACCACCUGCUGUCCUGCCCAGGGCCCCCCCAGCCCGGCGGGCAGCCUGUCCCGCAACCUGGUGGCCACGCUGCAGGACAUCGAGACCAAGCGCCAGCUGGCCCUGCAGCAGAAGGCCAAGCUGCUCCCAGCAGAGCCCUUGCAGCCAGGCAAUCUACCAGGUCGGCAGGUGAUUGAGGAGCAGAAGCGGCGGCUCGCAGAGCUGAAGCAGAAGGCAGCUGCUGAGGCGCAGUCCCAGUGGGAAGCCCUGCACGGGCAGCCCCCCUUCCCCGCUGCCUUCCCCCGGCUUGUGCACCACUCCAUCCUCCACCACAGCCGUCCCCAUGGCGCCGGGCCCCGCGCUGAGGAGCUGGACCAUGCAUAUGACACACUCAGCUUGGAGAGCUCAGACAGCAUGGACACCAGCAUCUCCAUCGGCAACAACUCUGCCUGCUCACCUGACAACAUCUCCAGUGCCAGCGGGAUGGAGACAGGGAAGAUUGAGGAGAUGGAGAAGAUGCUGAAGGAGGCACACGAGGAGAAGUCGCGGUUGAUGGAGUCCCGGGAGCGGGAGAUGGAGCUGCGUCAGCAGGCGCUGGAGGACGAGCGCUGGCGGCGGGAGCAGCUGGAACGGCGCCUGCAGGACGAGACCGCGCGGCGGCAGAAGCUGGUGGAGAAGGAGGUCAAACUGCGGGAGAAGCACUUCUCACAGGCUCGUCCCCUGACACGGUACCUCCCCAUCCGCAAGGAGGAUUUCAACCUGCGGCUGCACAUCGAGUCCUCAGGCCACAGCGUCGACACCUGCUACCACAUCAUCCUGACAGAGAAGAUGUGCAAGGGCUACCUGGUGAAGAUGGGCGGGAAGAUCAAAUCCUGGAAGAAGCGCUGGUUUGUCUUCGACCGCAUGAAGCGCACCCUCUCCUACUUCGUGGAUAAACAUGAGACAAAGCUGAAGGGUGUUAUCUACUUCCAAGCCAUUGAAGAGGUUUACUAUGACCACCUCCGCAGUGCUGCAAAGAGCCCCAACCCUGCGCUCACUUUCUGUGUCAAGACCCACGACCGACUCUACUUCAUGGUGGCACCAUCAGCCGAGGCCAUGCGCAUCUGGAUGGACGUCAUUGUCACCGGGGCAGAGGGCUAUACCCAGUUCAUGAACUGAGGGCGGUGCUGUGCAUCCCAGAUCCACCAGCUGCAUGGACUUCGGAGCAUCCCAAGCAGCCAGGAGCUCCUGAGGGGACCAGGGUCCCUGCAAUGCCUCGUGCAAAGGGCUGUGCACACCGAGGUCGUGCACCUGCGUUGGGCGCAGCUGGGUGGCCCUGAGUGUUGCCUGUCCAGGCAAGGGAAUAAGUUUUUUUAUGUUGACUUUCUAGAAACAAACUUUAUUGGAACAAUAUCAAAGUGCUGAAAUGUAAAAA